CUUAUCAUGUUCCAACAAUAUGAAAAUAAUGAUCUGUGCCGGGGGCGGGGCAGCAGUGGGUGAGAGAACAACACAUGGGGCAUCAUUAUGAGCGAGAGCGCACCAUGCAGAAGGAGGGAGAGCUGCGCCUGGACCGCACUCAACUCCUGACAAACAGGACACGCGUGACGGGACUAUAAUAGGAUGCAUAGAAGAUUAUUAUUUGAUCAUUUUUUAAGUUAGUUAUCUUGAGAUACACAUGAUCAACAGGCUGAAAACAGCCUCCAAAGGGCUACCAAGAAUCUUUCAUGCGCGCGUAACCACGUCGUCAGAUUUGUCCACUGGCUGCGGAGCUGCGCGUUUUUGAUGGACUCUUCACUCAUUAGAGGGCUGAAUGUGAAUCGAUGCCAACAUCCGACCAGUCCAGGAUAUAUAUAAAAGGCGCACACGGUCGGGAUGGAUUCGUUUAACGCCAGCGGAAUGGACGCGUUCACGGUGAUCCAUCUGAAUUCCUCCUGGAGUAGGGACAGUGGAUAUUCUUUGGCAGCGAUUGCCAGCAUUGCUGCCCUUGUAAGUUUCCUCAUUCUAUUCACCGUUGUUGGAAAUAUUCUGGUGGUUAUUGCGGUGUUGACAAGCAGGGCACUGAAAGCCCCGCAGAACCUCUUUCUGGUGUCUCUGGCCACCGCGGACAUCCUGGUCGCCACUUUGGUGAUGCCGUUUUCUCUGGCGAAUGAACUUAUGGGCUACUGGUAUUUUGGAAAAGUUUGGUGCGGUAUUUAUCUGGCUUUGGAUGUUUUGUUCUGCACUUCGUCUAUUGUUCAUCUGUGCGCAAUAAGCCUGGACCGCUACUGGUCCGUUACGCAGGCUGUAGAGUACAACCUGAAGCGGACUCCUAAACGCGUCAAGUGUAUAAUCUUAAUCGUGUGGCUUAUAUCUGCUUUCAUCUCCUCUCCACCUCUCAUAUCUAUAGACAGCAACAAUGAAAACAGCUCUAUGCCUCAGUGCGUGCUGAACGAUGACACUUGGUACAUACUCUCCUCCAGCAUCGCGUCCUUCUUCGCACCGUGCUUAAUCAUGAUCCUGGUGUAUAUCAGAAUAUACCAGGUGGCCAAAACCAGAACCAGAACCAUGUCGGGGAAAAAUGCAAGGCCAGAUGGUGUUACACAAACUGAGAAUGGAUUGAGCAAAGCCAACUCCCCUUUCCAUGGCGAGAAAGAGAACGGUCACUGUCAGUGCCCGCCUACGCCCAGCCAACGCACCGUCACCAUCGGGCAACAGACUGAGGAUGCAGACAUGGAGGAGAGCUCCUCCUCAGAGGGCAAAGGUCACAAACUCCAGCAGCAGGAGCAGCAGCAGCAGGACUCUCAGAGAGCCAAGAGGACCAGCCAAAAGAAAAACUCCCUCUCCAAACACUCCACUCGCAUCUCCAGAGUCAGUAACAAAUCCAUAGACCUCUUCACCUCCAGGAGGAAACGUCGCCGGAGCUCCUUGGCCAGGAAAAAGGUCUCACAAGCCAGAGAAAAGAGGUUUACAUUUGUCCUGGCUGUGGUCAUGGGGGUGUUUGUUGUGUGUUGGUUCCCCUUUUUCUUCAGCUACAGCCUGUACGGCGUGUGCAGGGACUCCUGUAAGAUCCCAGACCCGCUCUUUAAAUUCUUCUUCUGGAUUGGCUACUGUAACAGCUCCCUCAACCCUGCCAUCUACACCAUCUUCAACCGGGACUUCCGACGCGCCUUCCAGAAGAUCCUCUGCAAGUCGUGGAAAAAGUCCUUUUAGAUCUUACACAGAACUGCUGCACCACCGUGACAAUCUCUUUUGUCCAUUACUGGCAUCCGUCACUCACUGUCUCAUUGUCCUGUUGUAAGUGAAUCAUGGUAGCCAGAUACUGGGCAUCUCUACAAGGUUCAUACAGCAUGUUUCCAUUACAGGCUUUUUACAGACUUUCCCAGCCUGAUAAGUGGAUGCCACUGUUAUUUUCUCCUACAUGAGUGUGCUGUAAUGGUUUGUAGCACAUCAUCAUCAUUGAUCAAGCUCUCUACACAUCCACAAAACAUACCAUAUGGAUGGAUUUAUCUCCUGGUCCCCUCUUUAACCCAGUUUUUUUGUUCCACCCACUCUCUAGGCAAUUCUUUUCUCCGCCUCUUUGUGCUACUGUAGUAUGCUACUUGAUCUGCUGUGUGGAAAUUUUGAUUUCAUAUCAAUGUAGGAACAAGCAACAAGCAUUAAAACUGAGAUAAUGGGGUUUAUUCUGAGAAUAUAGCCUGAGUUAGAUUAGAAGAUUGAUACCGCCGCCAUGCCCUAAUUAGCUUAGCUUAGCAUAAAGACUGGAAACAGAGGGAAACCGCUAGCCUGACUCUCUCCUCCCAGCAUCUCUAAAGCUCACUUUAUAUCUGUGUUUGUACAAUGUGUAUAAUUACCGAAGCUUUAAAACAAUUUGCUGAUUUUGAGCUGCUUGGAUGCUGGUCUUGGCAGGGAUGAGUUGCUAGGCAACCAGUGACGACUUCAUGAAGGUAAUGAUCCUGUAAACGUGCAAAUUAUCGUUUUAACACGUCAGACUUUGUACAAAUGAAACAAACAUGAUGUAAUGGGUUCAUUUGUGAGCUUUAUAGGUGCUGGUAGGUGGAUUUUGUUAGCCAGGAUAGCAGUUUACAAUCUUUAUGCUAUAAACAUUGACGUUAUUAACGUUAAUUGUCCACUGGCUCCGGCUAAACUGGUCACUUGUACAG